UUGAAAGUUGAUUUAAGCACCUGGCACUGGCAACAAUAGGGGGUAUUAGCUAUUACUGCAUUUGUAAAUAUUAAUUAAAAUUCUUACAUAUUUUAUUGGUAGUUUGUGAUAUUUUAUUAUGACAGAAAGUUCUCUUAUCUCAGUCUUAAAAUUGAUUCCGUCAUGAUGUGUGGUGUGAAAUUAUUAAGUUUUUGCUUGAUAGUCCUGUGUCACAUUAGUUGCAUUUUCACUCACGAUCAUUUACUCGAAGGAAUUUACUGCGGCAAAGCAAAUUGUUACGAGGUUUUAGGAGUUAAAAGAGAGACGCCAAAAAAUGAGAUUGCUAAAAGCUACCGACAGCUGGCGAGAAAAUUCCAUCCGGAUCUUCACAGGGGCGAGGAAGCCAAGAAAGUAGCUGAAGAAAAAUUUAAAGAAAUUGCUACCGCUUACGAGAUACUACGAGAUGACGAGGCACGCUCAGAUUAUGACUAUAUGUUGGACAAUCCACAGCAUUACUAUGCCCACUACUACAGAUAUUACCGAAGACGUAUGGCACCUAAGGUUGAUGUCCGAAUAGUUCUCGCAGUUACCAUUACUUUAAUCUCUAUAAUGCAGUACUAUAGUGCUUGGUCAAAAUAUGACACAGCUAUCAAAUACUUUAUGACUGUCCCUAAAUAUAGGAAUAAGGCUUUAGAUAUAGCCAAAGCUGAAACAAAAGAUUCUCAAGGUAAAGGAAAACAGAAGAAAAGUAAAGGAGAACUCAAACUAGAACAGGACAGAAUAAUACGUAGAGUGAUAGAAGAUAAUAUGGAUAUCAAAGGUGCAUAUGCAAAGCCCGAAAUCAAAGAUAUUCUAUGGAUACAGUUAAUUAUUUUACCAUACACAAUUGUAUGUUACAUUCAUUGGUACUUAAGAUGGUUUUGGAAGUUUACAGUUUUAAAACAUCCUUAUGGUGAAGAAGAAAAGUUAUAUUUAAUUAGAAAGUAUUUGAAGAUGGGCCAUCAUCAGUUUAAUGCUCUUGACGAUCAUGAGAAACAAGAAUACUUAGAUGAGGAAUUAUGGAUUUGGGAUAACUUUGUUGUUUGGAAAGAAAUCAAAGAUGAGGAAACUAAAAAGGCAUUAGCCGAGAAUAAUAAAUACAAACAAUACAGAAGAUAUAUUAAAAAUCAUGGUGUAGGACGCAUGACAUUUGAUGAUUCAUGAUACUCUGUGUAUUUGAUUUUGUUUAUUUAUUUUUAUAUUAAUGACCUAUUAAUUUAAUAAAAA